UAGCCAUAUUUAAAUGGACGGCCAUUAUGCAGCAGGGUUGUUAUGUUCUUCAGAAAUAAGCUGUUUUGAAGCAGUGAAGUACUGAAUUUAGAAAGAUUAUACGGACAUAUCUCUCAAUGCAGGUAGCUACAUUAUUUAGAGAAACAGCCACGCUCCUGGGAGCUAGUAUGGAAGCUCAAGACCCAUCUGGAACAGAAUCACAAGCCCUUAAAUUGUCAGUGUUUUCAGAGGGUGCCAUGAAGCAAGAACCUCAUGAUGAUGGGUAUGAAACAAGUGGGGACCUAGAACUCAGACCUCAAGGAGACACACAGAAGUUAUUAAAUCAUCUUCAUAAUGCUGGUAAUAUGGGAGUGAAAUGUGAGCCUCUGGAAGAUCCAUACAGCUUUGUGGAUGAUGACCCAACACCUAUGCCACAACCCAGAGGACAUACUGUUGUUAUGCAAGCCAUACCCAAGAAACGUGGCAGAAAGAAGAAAGUCGCUCCAGAAGGGUUGGAGGAUACUGAAAAUCUGUUGAACGGGGAUAUUUUUACUAAGAAAAAGAUGAAAGACGAUAAAUUUAUUCCAAUAUUUAAAGAGAGGAAGAAACAUGAUCGCUUCAAUGGAAUGCCAGAAGAAGAAGUUUCCAAACGAACUCUGCCAGACCAUUUAGCUCUGAAUUUAGACAUAGUCAUUAUCGGAAUCAACCCUGGGCUGUUUGCGGCCUAUAAAGGCCACCACUAUGCUGGACCUGGCAACCACUUCUGGAAGUGUCUAUACUUAUCGGGUCUGACUCCAGAGCCGAUGACAGCUGAUGAUGAUUACAAGCUACUGCAAGUUGGUAUAGGUUUCACAAACAUGGUAGCAAGAGCCACAAAGGGCAGUGCUGAUUUAACACGCAAAGAAAUUAAAGAAGGAAGUCAAAUCUUGUUGGAGAAGUUACAGAAAUAUAAACCAAAAAUAGCGGUGUUUAAUGGGAAACUCAUCUUUGAAGUGUUUUCGGGAAAGAAAGACUUCAGUUUCGGAAGGCAACCUGAAUUUGUAGAUGGCACAAAUACAUAUAUGUGGGUGAUGCCGUCAUCAAGUGCCCGAUGUGCGCAGCUACCAAGGGCAGCUGACAAGGUUCCAUUUUACGCAGCUUUAAAAAAGUUUCGGGAUUACCUUAAUGGAAUUAUUGCAGAUCUUGAUGAAACGGAGGUAGUGUUCACAGAUUCAAAACUAAAGAAUUACUUUGAGCCAGAACUGAAAGAGGAACCGAAGGAAGAGCAUGCAUUUUAUGGUUAUGGUCGUCUUCCAUCAAAUGGUGAACUCACAGACUUGAGUAAUGCAGUAGUGAAGAAGGAUGAACAACCUCCAGCCAAGAAGAAAAGAGGAAGACCAAAGAAGAUAAAAUCAGAUUGCAUAGAAGUAAAGAAGUCGGGCAAUGAAAUGUUAAGAAAAGAACACGAUGUUUGUGGUACACCAAAGAAGAAAAGAGGUCGGCCCAAGAAAAUAAAGACAGAUGAUUUGAUGGUUAAUUCUAAUGGUCUUGCGGACCAAACGAAGUCCACUUCAUCUAUACCAAAUUGUUUCUCACCACCAAUUCAGUCACCUAUUAGUUUUGGCCAACAAACUAUAUCAUCUUCUUAUAAUAGUCAAUCAUUGCCACAGUCAUAUCCUCAGAAUCAGUCUCAUUCUCCUUCUGAUGCAACCAAUUAUCAUCAGUCUCCCAUCCAGUCUCACCACUAUAACCAUUCACCGCAACCGUCACAGCCGUUCACUCAUUCUGAUCUGUCUUCCGAGAUCAGUGCAGCCAUAUCUUCAGAACACAACCUUGGUUCUCCAUCACCCACUUCUCCAAGCAUUGGACCUCCAGAUUUUGAGCCCCCUACGAGCAUGCCAGAAGAAACGAAUGACGGUCCUCAGAAUCCCUCAAGAGCUGGGAAGGAAGAGAUCAGCACGGACAACCCACAAAAUCCAAAUGAAUGCCGAUUUUCGAGUCCUGCGCCAUCUAAUGAUGCCUCCAGUAUGACUUACCAGAAUUAUGGUAAUUUCCGUCAGGAAUCAGAAAACCAUUCUGUCAUAGGCUAUUCCCAAGGCUCCACUCCAGAAUACAAUACCAAGCGUAAUAUAAAUCAAGAUGUUUCCUCCAAAAGCUUGUCGGGAUUGGAAUCUUUAGUGGAUCAGAUACCUAGUAUUGCAGAUGGAGAGACUCAGCAUCAUGGAACAGGAAGUAACAGCAAUGGUGAGGAACAUUUUGACUCUGGCCCCGCACAUCAUGGCCAGUUUAAUGAUGAUUCAUAUCUGUCAGGUUAUCCGAGUGGUUCUCAGUACAAUGGCUCAAGCAGUAGCAAUCCAAAUAGCUACAGUCCACAUUUCACCAGUUCAAGUACAAAUUACUCGGUCAGCACCUCCAACAGUUACAGUUUACAUCACAGCAGUGCUAGUAUGAACUUCUCUGUCACCUCACUGGCAAACAGCAGUGCAUCUAUAAACCAUGAUGUUGGAGGUCAGGUGUCGAGCUCUUUCUCAGUCAGUAGUCUAGCUUCCAAUUACGCUUCUAUGAACUCCAAUGUGAACUCUUACUCAAAUCUGAUGGGCGCUUCCCAUCCCAUGGGUAGUCAUAUGAUGGCGGGAACGAAUGCGAUGUUUGGGAGUGGCAUGAGUGGCGGGAUCAUGGAACGGGCAUGUGGUAUGGGAAGUUCUAUGGGAUCCCUCACUUCUCCUGUCAGCCUGACGAAUCCAAUGGGAAGUAUGAAUUCCCUCCCUUACCCAUAUGGCCAGUACUCUCAUGGGGCCUCGUCUUACAGCAGCACACCUGGAGGUGGUUUUCCUUACACACCAGCACAUAGUCUUCAUAUGCCUAGUCCCAAUUACCCUUACACGUCUCCUUACUCAAACAGCACCUAUCCACAGCCCAGCUAUCUUCCAAAUCAUAUGCUCGAUCGAAUAAAGCAGGAUCGAAUGGACAUCAGCUUCGGUGGUUUUUGAUAAUGUGCUUUCUUUUUACAGCAAACAAAAUGAGAGUGGAAGCAACACAGAAACUACAAAAGUUUGAUAUUCUUUGUGAUAGAGUGUGUGCAUUUAUAUGCUGCUUUUGUUUGUUUAGUUAUACUUGGGCAGCUGUGUUAUUGUGUGAGAGCUGAACAACUGUUUGAAUAUCUGGUUGAUGUGUAAUUCCAUUUGUGUUGCAUGUGAUGUCACGCUGAUAUAAUUACACUUGCAGUGAUAGGAAUUGUUAUAGAUCACCAGAGAAGUGGAAGUUAGUGUGUCGUCAGUCAACCAUAUCAUGAGGUGCAAUAUGACUGCAGUCAGCUUGCAGUAUGUUAACUGUAUUUGUUACUGGGUGAAUACAGAAAUUCCUUCAAAUAUCUUACUUAAAAAUGUUCUUCUAUGUGUGUGCAGUCAUAAUUUACAGAUCAGUUUAAUUACAUUGCCAUACAAAAUUAUGUGAAUCAGUAGACAGUAGCUUACUUCUACCAUGUGAUCAUAGAAUUGUGCAACUGUUUGUGAAAGAACCUGGUGCUCCUGCCUGUAGGGGUCAUGGAAUCCUGGACUUCUAGCAGAAUUAAUGAGUCCAUAGGCAAAUAAAACUAACCAGAUCAUAGCAGAUGCAGGUAAUGCUCUCUCUUAUUGUUGUCAGGAGAAUGUUUGAGCUUUGUGAUGAAUCCAUUGCUGGACCAAAAAAAAAGAGAGAGAGAGAGAAAAACUGAAUGAAGUCAGUGGUACAUUUGAUCAUUCUGGAAAAUCUCUCAGGUACCUUGCAUAGGAAACUGGGGUUUCAGAUUUUGAAUUUAAGUUAUAUUCAAAUGAUAGCUUCAGUGUGUGACUGUAAACUCUUCACAAAGGUCCCACCAGUGAUGCACACAUAACAGCGUUUCUAGCCUCUGUGGUAGUCUGGGUGAGUUUCGUUUGUAAUUUGUUUGUAAUUGCCUGGCUAUUAGCUUGUUAAUUCUGUUGGUGGUCCAAAUUUUUAUAGCCCUGCUGAAUGGGGCAAACAGACUCUUUUUGCUGGUGCACCUCAACAGCUUGCAGGAGGUUCUAAAUUGAUCGUACUGUAUAAUAUAAUGCACAUUACUGGUAAUAUUUUCAUGGUAAGAGUGCAGUAAUGUAUGCUAAGUAUAGGUUAGGUUAUAACUGAAUUAGGGAUGAACAGUUAUAAUUGAAAACCAUCCUGAAAUUUACACGCUGGGAGACCCAAACCAUAUUUUGCAGUUUAAUCAACCCUUUCCUCUUAUUAUUAUUAUUUAAACCUUUAAAUCACAGCAUUCAUAUAAGUAAUAUUUAAAAUUUGAGUUUCUGCCUCUCAAUUU